UCACUGACGGACCGGUUUCUGGAAGCAAAAAGCGACGAAACGCGUUCAGACAACCGAGAGUUUUAUCGUUAUUUGAAACUUUCUGCUUCCGUUUCAGAGGUGUCCGUUUGCAAACAGAGUGUAAUUAACUCUGUUCAACUUUACCUUACAUUUACUAUUGAGGAAGGCUCCUGUCUGUCCUCAUCCAUCGGUGUUGUAACGUUAGCUCAAGGAUAGAAACCGAUAAUUGACCGUUAAUUUUAUCGGUUCUGUUGUUUGUUGGUUUCACCUUCCUCCUGCUGCCUUCACUGACAUGGCUGCUAAUCCUCCAGGACAAGCCUUUCCAAACAAAGCCCGGGUUGCGAUCCUGGCUGAGCUGGAGAAGGAGAGGAGGCGGCUGAUGCAGAGUCAGUCCAUGAACACACCUGGAGCCAGCAUCUCGCUGUCCAGACCGAGUCUGAAGGAGUUCAGGGACAACGCAGAGCAGCAACACAUCGCUGCUCAGCAGAAAGCCGCCCUGCAGCACGCUCACACACAUUCAUCAGGCUUCUUCAUCACUCAGGACUCAUCUUUCGACUGUUCGUCGUGUCGUGAACCGUCUCAGGGGAGUGGGAAUCUGUCGCUUUCACAUUCUCCAGACUAACAAGCUGGCUGCUGAUUCUGGGGAAGCUUUCCAGAGAGCUGGAAGAUGGUGCCAAAUAGUUCUAAAACAUCCUGAUAAGUCGUCUGCAGGCUGAAGAUCUCCAUCAUCUCCAUAAAACGCACAUUCUGUCAGGAUUUUUUUUACAUUUCUGAUUGUUUUGUAUUGACCUCUGGAUAAUAAAAGCGCCACAUUCAGUUGA